GGGUUAAAUCGGUUGCAACCCGACCCGGUUGAUUGCUGAUCUGAAGCACAGGCGGGGGAGCAGCAGUUAGAUCCGUCGUCCUGAACUCGACGCCUGCCUUCCCCAGUUACACUCCUCACCGUCUCCGAAACCUUCACCUCCUCCUUACCGAAACCUCCCAAAUCGCCUCCACGGAACGCCUUUUCUCGCCGAGGUCAAACCCACCUAGCACACACAGAGACCGGCGGCGAGCGCCGUUUCGUCUCGUCGGGCUCGGCGUAGGGUUUGGGAAGUCGAGACAGAGUCUUUGAAAUUUGAACAUUUAGGUCAAGAAAUGAAUCCUUUAACACUAGUCAAACGCAUACAAAAGAUCAAUUCCAAGGAAGCGGCUUUAGGCGUAUCUGAAGAAGCUUCAUGGCAUGCAAAGUAUAAGGACUCUGCUUAUGUUUUUGUCGGUGGCAUUCCAUUUGAUCUCACCGAAGGUGAUCUCCUUGCGGUUUUUGCGCAAUGCGGAGAGAUAGUUGAUGUUAAUCUUGUUAGAGAUAAAGGAACUGGGAAGUCAAAAGGUUUUGCCUUUAUUGCAUAUGAGGAUCAAAGAAGCACAAAUCUUGCCGUAGAUAAUUUAAAUGGUGCUCAAAUUCUUGGUCGAAUUAUAAGGGUUGAUCAUGUUAGUAAAUAUAAAAAGAAAGAAGAAGAAGAUGAAGAGGCAGAACAGCAGAAAAGGGAGGCACGAGGUGUAUGUCGGGCUUUCCAAAGAGGGGAAUGCAAUCGUGGAGCUGGAUGCAAAUUUUCCCAUGACGAGCAACGAGCAGCAAAUACAGGGUGGGGACCUGAAGAUAAAAGUUCAAGAUGGGGUCAUGACAAGUUUGAGGGAUCAACAAAGAGUGAAAAAAGAUCUGGUCCAUUGACUCGUGUUCCAGGUUUGACGGUUGAUGAGGGGUCUAGAUCAGGUGACAAAGAACCAAGAAAUUCCAGACGAAGGGGCUAUGAUGGGGAAGUGGAAAACCACCGUUGGCGAAGUGAACUGAAUGCCAGAGAUCGUGACAGUAGAGACCUCGAGAGGCGACUGGAACAAAAGGAGAAGGAAAGGAACCUCAAGGAAGAUGGGGAUAGACGAGGAACUGAGAAAAAAACAGUGAGGCAGAACACUGAUCCUAAUUCAAGAGAAGACUAUGAUAGGAGGGGGGAAAAGAGAUCCAGAAGGCAUGAAUCUGAAUCCUUUCUAAGAGAAGACCAAGAUAAGAGGGGAUGGGAGAAACAAUCAGGUCAUCAUCGCGAUUCUUCCUCCCAUCGUCAUAGAGAUAGAGAUGAGGAUCGCCAUCACAGAUCUGAUAGAUGACAUCCUAUUAAAAGAAUUAUGUGGAGAAUAUUUUCCCAAAAAAUUUCAGGGGCACAGAAGCUCAAACUGUCUAAUAGUGGUAUGGACUGGAAUCAUAAAAUGCACUAUACCGAAUGAAUCAGUAUCUGCGACCCUGCUUAUAAAGUAUUGUUUCCUGAAGUUGGUAUUAGUGUGGGAGGGUGCAACCAUAGAAACAAACAAACCAGUAGCUUAGCUAUUCAUUACUGCAUGUUUGGCAAGGGCCUUUUGGACUUGAUGGUUGACAUGUAUGAACGAAUCCUGUUGUUCAUUGGACCGUGGGAGAUUUUGAAAGGCUGCGUAAAGAUAGAGGUUGGAUCCUUCUCUUCAAGAGUUCGACAUAUUUGAGAUCUUGUAAUUUUAGUUUUUCACCAACUUUUUCAUGUUGUUCAAGGCUUUUGAGGCCUAAUCCAGAACUUUUGCUGCUAUAGAUUAAUGUUUGUUCAA